UGGCCGCGGACGGUUGGGGGCGCGCCGGGCUGGGGCGCGGAGCCGCGGAAGGGGCGGCGCGUCGGGGUCCGCGUCGGGGUCGCGCGUCGGGCGCGCCGUGGCCCCGUCGGGGCGGCGGGAGCUGCGGAGCCGCCAUGGCGGACCUGGAGGCCGUGCUGGCCGACGUCAGCUACCUGAUGGCCAUGGAGAAGAGCAAGGCGGCGCCGGCCGCGCGCGCCAGCAAGAAGGUCGUCCUGCCGGAGCCCAGUAUCCGGAGUGUGAUGCAGAGGUAUCUGGCAGAAAGAAACGAAAUAACCUUUGACAAGAUUUUCAACCAGAAAAUCGGCUUCCUGCUAUUUAAAGACUUUUGCUUGAAUGAAAUUGGCGAAGCGGUGCCUCAGGUGAAAUUUUAUGAAGAGAUAAAAGAAUACGAGAAACUGGACAAUGAAGAAGACAGGCUUCGCCGGAGCCGGCAAAUGUAUGACGCCUACAUCAUGAGGGAGCUCCUAUCCAGCACACAUCAAUUCUCAAAGCAAGCUGUAGAACACGUCCAGAGCCAUCUCUCCAAGAAGCAGGUGACGGCUACUCUUUUUCAGCCGUACAUAGAAGAAAUCUGCGAAAGCCUCCGAGGGGAUAUUUUCCAAAAGUUUAUGGAAAGCGAUAAAUUCACUAGAUUCUGUCAGUGGAAGAACGUGGAAUUGAAUAUUCACCUGAGCAUGAACGACUUCAGUGUACACAGGAUCAUCGGCCGAGGAGGGUUUGGGGAAGUUUAUGGCUGCAGGAAAGCAGACACCGGUAAAAUGUAUGCUAUGAAGUGCUUAGACAAGAAGAGGGUGAAGAUGAAGCAGGGAGAGACACUGGCUUUGAACGAGAGGAUCAUGCUGUCUCUCGUCAGCACUGGGGACUGCCCCUUCAUCGUCUGCAUGACCUAUGCCUUCCACACGCCGGACAAACUCUGCUUCAUCCUGGACCUGAUGAACGGGGGCGACAUGCAUUACCACCUCUCCCAGCACGGGGUGUUUUCUGAGAAGGAGAUGCGAUUUUACGCCAGUGAGAUCAUCCUGGGCCUCGAGCACAUGCAUACCUGCUUCGUAGUCUACAGAGACCUGAAGCCUGCGAACAUCCUCCUGGAUGAAUAUGGGCAUGUGAGGAUAUCGGAUCUUGGCCUUGCCUGUGAUUUCUCCAAAAAGAAGCCUCACGCCAGCGUGGGCACCCAUGGGUACAUGGCUCCCGAGGUGUUGCAGAAGGGGACGUGCUAUGACAGCAGCGCUGACUGGUUCUCCCUGGGCUGCAUGCUCUUCAAGCUCCUGCGGGGCCACAGCCCUUUCAGGCAACAUAAAACCAAAGACAAGCAUGAGAUAGACCGCAUGACCCUGACCGUGAACGUGCAGCUUCCAGAUGCCUUCUCCCCUGAGCUGAGGUCCCUCUUGGAGGGUCUGCUGCAGCGGGACGUGAGCCAGCGGCUGGGCUGCGGAGGAGGAGGGGCACAAGAGUUGAAGGAGCACAUCUUCUUCAAGGGCAUUGACUGGCAGCACGUGUACUUACGGAAGUACCCGCCACCCCUCAUCCCUCCUCGGGGAGAGGUCAACGCUGCAGAUGCCUUCGAUAUCGGCUCGUUUGAUGAAGAAGACACCAAAGGCAUUAAGCUGUUGGACUGUGACCAGGACCUCUAUAAGAACUUCCCGCUGGUGAUCUCUGAGCGCUGGCAGCAGGAAGUGGUGGAGACCAUCUACGAUGCUGUCAAUGCUGACACCGAUAAAAUCGAGGCCAGGAAGAAGGCUAAAAAUAAACAGCUUGGUCAAGAGGAAGAUUAUGCGAUGGGGAAGGACUGCAUCAUGCACGGGUACAUGCUGAAGCUGGGGAACCCCUUUCUCACGCAGUGGCAAAGACGUUAUUUUUACCUGUUCCCCAACAGACUGGAAUGGAGAGGAGAGGGCGAGUCUCGGCAAAAUCUCCUGACCAUGGAACAGAUCACGUCUGUGGAGGAGACCCAGAUUAAAGACAGGAAGUGCAUUUUACUCAGGAUAAAGGGAGGGAAGCAAUUUGUCUUGCAAUGCGAGAGUGACCCCGAGUUUGCACAGUGGCUGAAGGAGCUGACGUGCACCUUCAAUGAGGCCCAGAGACUGCUGCGCCGUGCCCCCAAGUUCCUCAACAAACCGCGUGCCACCAUUCUGGAGUUCUCCAAGCCACCGCUGUGUCACAGAAAUAGCAGUGGCCUCUGAACCACAGAGCAAGCAGGGCCUGAAGGAGGGCAUCCCCCACCCCCGGCUCUUCAGCCCAGGAGUGAAGUGGAGCCAUGGGGAAUCAUGCGGGGCUGACACACAGUGGUUCUGGGCACUGGACUGUUCCAGGCGGAGGAGGCCCAUGACACCAGGGCGGCCCUUUGGGAGCUGGGACAUCCUCGGAGCCAGCCUAUCCACACUCAAAUUACCGAAGAAGCAGGGGCGUUUUUCUGUGCACCCUCUCACUUUGCUAUCCACAGACCCGGAACGCUCAAGCUUUUACGUCUGGUAUAGCUGGGGUGGGAGCGCAGUCUCUGGGACUAUGGUCGCCUGUCCUAGGCCUGCCCCAGGUGAGGGGGCUGAGGCUCCAGAUCUUGAUAGAGGGUCACUGUAGGUCAGAGCUGACUCCUUGCUGUCCCUGAAAUGAUGAGGUGACCCUGGGCAUCACGUGCACUUCCUGCCUCUGAUGGCUUCUUUCCAGAGAUGCCAGUCAGAGGGAAGAGGAGGGAUGUCUCCUCUAGGAAACUCCAUGGCAUCCAUCAUGGCCAUUUCUGGUGGACACAAUCAGGACUUCAAGCAGGACAUAGGUAACCCACCAGACAGUGCCCCCCCCCCAUGCAUGGCAUGCAUGAACUCGGGGUCACCAUUGAUGGUUAGAUCUGUGACAGAUUUUCCUGCUUCCCCUGUUUGUCCUGGCGAGCAUCUGAGGAUGUAUCCAAGAGUAUAAUUUCCAAUGAUCUCACACUGGUGGGUGACAAUGUUCAGGGGUCCCCUGUGCACCCUGGCAUGCCCCACACCCUCUGUCACUUAUGCACUGUGUGCUGGGUUAUUCUGACAGGGGCAGCAGUUUGCCCAGCUCCCCUUACCCUUAAAGGUGGUUUUCUCUGCUGCUGCCCUGAAUAAAUGCUGGGGGCCCCAUGUCACCACACGGAGAAUUCCUGCAAGGUCUCUGAGGUCUUGUCCAGCUCCCUGGAGGUGGUGGUACUGGGUCUCUAGAUGAACUCCCGAGCACAUAAAGAAACCUGACAGCAGAAUUCUUUGCAUUCUGUCCUGGAUCUUCCUGACAGUUCCCAGUGUGUAUUAUGUUCCUGUGCUGGGGAAAAUAUGAUGUUUAUUUAUUUGUAUCUAUGGUUUUUAAUUGCGAUUACCUUUUGAGAGUUUGGAAGAUAAUUUACCGAGAGGCCCCUUACUCUGCAGGUGCACACGGGACCUAGGAGAGCCCGUGCCUGUCUCACUGCACACGCAUUCAGGGUUCAAGGUCACAAACAGUGCCACUGCUCAUUGCCUCCAUGGUGAGAAUGUGGCAUCACCUGGUACGGACACCCUGCUUGCUUAAAAGACUAAUAUUCAGACUAUGUUACACACACACACACACACACACACACACAGUUAAGUACUGUGGUUACUGUGUAGGCAUGGUUAGAAUGGACAGCUCACACAUGCUCAAUCAGACCUGUAGGGGUAAGGGCUGUAUCUCUGGCCUCUUUAGGGCAUAUAGAGCCCCACCCCCACCCUUCCACAUUGAGAGGGGGCUUGACCCCAGCAGGUCUUAGGCUAGCCAUAACAAUCUCUGAUGGGGUUGUAGCUUUUCCAAAGCCUUUUAAGAUGGCACAGGACCAUAAUAGCAUCCUGCACCUGCACAAAAAUCACACCAGACGGUCACAGAUAUCAUGUGUUAUUUUGGCCGAGGUUAAUUUUAAGGCUCCUUCCCUUUUAGAAAAAGAAGUGAGUGUGGGUGUGUGGGGUCUCCUAUGAGUUCUCCUGCCUCAGACUCUAAAUAAAACAUUUUGUCCCCUUGACCCCAUUUCCCUCAAGGACAGGAAAGAGGGGGGGCAGAUGGCCCCUGGCAGAGUCCUAGAGAUUCACAUGGGCUGGUGGUGGAUCUGUUAAGGCCAUCUCAGAGGCCAUGUUUCUACCCCAGCAUGUGGCUAGGGUGUGUCCUAGGCCCAUAGGGUAGAAGGAGAAGCCAGCGGAUGGCUGUUUGAGAGUUCUUAGCACGCGGGCAAGUCCCUAGAUGCCUCUUGUACUCAGACCAUUGACAGGACGAGCCGUGCGUUCUGUUUCUGGACUGGAGCACUUACCUUGGUGGAGGAUGACCCAUGUGAUGCUGGUUUUAUACAAUUAUGCUCUACAUAGCCGCGGUUUCAUAAAGCAAGAAUCAAGGCACAAAGCCCAAGGAUAUUAGAUUAUUUUAAAACCGCUAUGUGACACAUACCAAAAUUAAAACCUUUGGCAAGCCCCAGUUUGUUUAUUAUUUAUUUUAAUUUAAACUACCCUCUUGUCCCUGGGGCACCCUGCUUUUCCUCUGGGUCGUAAUUAAAUGUUAUUUUAAAAAAAAAUGUGGAAAUUGUCACACUGUAGUGGUCGACAGAGGAACCUGCCUUGCUGUUGAUACAAGAGUGUGCACAUUGAUGGGCCCAUUGGCUGACAUUACAAACUGUAUGUGUAAAACCAGCCAUGAAGGACGGAUGAUGGCCUUUGGGGGAGUGAUGCUGCAGCCUCACAAGCCCAGCCCUGAUUGGCAGAGGCAGGAGGCUUAUGAGUUUGCGGCUAGCAUGAGCUACACAGCAAGUCUCUGCUUUCAGAACACCAAGGGUUACAGCAGCAGCUCUUGGCCAAGGUCUUGCCUUGUGUGUCCAAGGCUCUGGUUUUAAUCUCCAGAGAGGGUGGACAAUGGGCAGCAGACUGUUAGCCAACUAAUAAGAUUUAGCUCCAGUGGUCGCCUUGACCUUGGCUAUGUGUCUGUGAGAAGCAGCUGAUCUGAGGCCCCACCAGCCAGAAUAGUUCGCCCGUGGGCAGUGUGGCAGAGGGGCAGAGGUCCUCAGGACAGGAACUCAUCGGUUCAGUGGUAGGGUAAGGACAGAGGGAGACAGCUUGGUUGGCUGACGGAGGCCACACACUUGGCAUGAUGACCCACCAAGGACGGGAUGAGGGAAGCUCAAGGGACAUGCCCUCCCUCAGGAUCCCCCCUCUCCCAGGGGGUUUUGCACUGAUUUUUCAUUCCUGAGGCCAAGUUGCUCCCAUCAUGAAGGUGGCCAGACAUUGCUGGAAGGUCCAUCCCAGACACUGAGCCUGUCACCUACACUGUGGCUGCAUAGCCCAGGCAGUGGGAAGCAGUGACCUAGUCGCUGAGCUGCGGAGGGGCGUGUUGUCCAACUUAGAUCCGGUGACCCCCAGAAUGACACCCCAGCCUUCCUACAGGUUUGACUCCAUUUCUGCUUGGAACUUUCAUAAUUUAAAUUUAAAAAGAAAUCUUUUCUUUCCUUGAGUGAGGUUUACUCGAAAGUCUCAGUUGCUUAAUAGGAUUGCUUGCUUUAACCUCACUGGUUGGUUCAGGUCUCUUUUCCUUUGUUUAUUGCUAUGGGAACGAAGAAUAGUCGAAAGCCUCUUCUCCUCAGUCCUUGGUGGACAUUAGCAUGUCCUCUGUUGGUUCCCUUUGUCUACUUAGAAGAGUAAGAACACAGCACAGCAGCUCAGAUCCGCAGACACUGAGACAGGAGGAUGACAAGUCCCAGAACACCCUGGGCUGGGGGAAACCCUGCCUUAGAAACAAACUAAAGAACUGAGCUGUUUCCUGACGCAAAACGUGUUAUGGCUCCUACAAGCAGCCAGGAGAUGUCAUGCUUCCGAGAUAUAGGAACCCACACAUUUUAAAUGGCCUUUAAUUAAGAAGCAGCCACAGAGACUGGGUUCAAAGUGUUUGCCUUUCGUGAAGCAAAGACUUCCUUACAGCUGAUUCAAAUCCGUAGCCUAGAGUUAGGUUUCCAGUAUCUAAUAGUCUGAGUCCUUCCUGCAUCCCUUUUAAUUUCACCCUAGACAUAAAACAUCUUUGACAGCAGUUUGGGGAUGGAACCAUCAUUCUGAUUAUCAACUGUGAUUUCCACCCCCAUUUCCUUGAAUUUUUACCUACCCUGUGGUUAUAUGCAUCGUAUGUGGUUUAUAAACUCAACACUGGCUUGUUUUUUUUUUUUCAGUUCUGUUAUUAAAUUAUAUUUUUCUAUGUUUUAAGUAAUAGCAGAUCUGGCUUCUUCUGGUAACAGAGACGGAUGGACCUGUAACUAGGAGACAAGAGUUCUAUUUUAGCACAAAAGCAUUUUAUAUUAUUUAUUGAAUCCGUACAUGCGUUCCCAUGGAAACCAUCUGUAUUUCUGCUUCUUGUGAUCUGUAUAGUUUGUUAUUUAAAGAGAGACAGCAGCCUUUUGUGUUGCAGAAACAAUAAAACGGAGCUCCUGUGA